UCUCUGUUUCCCAUAUUGCCCCCAUUUCUUCACGAGCUUCCCUUCCCAUGGCGGCCACUGAUCUCAAUCCAGAAGCUCCCAUUUUCAUUCCCAUGCAAAUCUCCCAUCUCUCCCCCAUUUUUCUUCCUCUCCCUUUAAUAGAAAUUUACCCAAAUCCUUAUAUUCCCAUUUUACCCUUCUCCGCCCCAACUUCCCCCGUUUUCCUCCUCUACUUCUCCGCCCGCCCUCCGCCGCCGGCUCACGACAAGGCCGCCGCCGUCUUCCCGGCGCGCCACGCUGACGGCGGUAAGAAGAACUCGUGUAGAAUGAAAUCCGGGAAUUGCGGGUGCGUUAGGGCUGACGUGGCCGGCGAGGGUUGGAAGAAAAUGAGGAGGCGUGAGAUGAUUAGGAAGGGCCGCGGCGGUGUUUUGUCGGUUACCGGAGAUGGGAAUUUUACGACGAUUAUGCUCAGAAAUAUUCCCACCAAAUACACCCGGAGGAUGCUGGUGGAGUUUCUGGACCGGCACUGUAAGAGUGAAAAUGAGGAGUUGGAAGAUUGGAGCUCCGGCGACGGUGGAGGAGGAGAAGUUGAAGGAGUUUCAGCCUUCGAUUUCUUGUAUUUACCCGUAGAUUUCAGGACGGGGAUGAACAAGGGAUACGCGUUCGUGAACUUCACGACGGCGGGCGGGGCGUGGAAGUUCAAGGCCGCCGCCGACAACCAAACGUGGGAUCUCUGCAACUCCUCCAAAGUCCGGCGAAUCGCACGUGCCAGGCUUCAAGGGAAGGAGGAGCUGCUGCGGCACUUCGAGAACAUGGGGUUUCCGUGCGAGACGGUGGAGGUUUUGCCGGUGAGGUUCAGCCCGCCGCGCGACGGCUCCGGCAAGUCGGUCAAGGAAACAACCGUCGGGCUAAUCGGCGGCGCGUGGGCGACCUAAACUAUUCGGA